AUGGGGACUCAAAAUGUGUCCACCGUCACUGAGUUUCAGCUAUUAGGAUUCCAGAACCUUUUUGAGUGGCAGAUUCUGCUCUUUGUCAUUGUUCUGCUCAUCUACUUCUUCACCAUCACAGGGAAUGUCGUCAUCAUCACAGUGGUAAGCAAGGAACAGCAACUGCACUCGCCUAUGUACACAUUCCUAAAACAUCUCUCCUUUCUGGAGAUCUGGUACACGUCCACCAUUGUGCCCCUUCUCCUGGCCAAUCUUCUCUCCCAGGGUCAAGCCAUCUCUUUCUCUGCCUGUAUGGCACAGCUCUACUUCUUUGUAUUCUUUGGAGCUACUGAGUGCUUUCUCCUGGCCAUGAUGGCCUAUGACCGAUAUCUGGCUAUCUGCAGCCCACUUCACUACUCCUCCUUCAUGAGUUCCGACGUUUGCACUAAGCUGGUGGCAAUCUCCUGGCUGACCGGGGUGGGCACAGGCUUUUUGCCUUCCUUGAUGAUUUCCAGUUUAGACUUCUGUGGGCCUAAUCAGAUCAACCAUUUCUUCUGUGACCUUCUUCCACUCAUACAGCUCUCAUGUUCCAGUGUUUAUGUCACUGAGGUGACCAUCUUCAUUCUGUCCAUCGCUGUGCUCUGCAUCUGUUUUUUCCUGACGCUGGGAUCCUAUGUUUUCAUUGUGUCCUCCAUAUUGAGAAUCCCAUCAGCCUCUGGCCGAAUGAAGACCUUUUCCACAUGUGGCUCCCAUCUGGCUGUUGUCAGUAUCUACUAUGGGACCAUGAUCUCCAUGUAUGUCCGCCCCAAUGCUCACCUGUCCCCCGAAGUCAACAAGAUCAUUUCUGUCUUCUACACUGUGGUGACCCCACUGCUGAAUCCUGUUAUCUAUAGCUUGAGGAACAAACAAUUCAAAGAAGUAGUUAGAAAAGUCAUGAGAAGGAAGUGUGAUAUUUAUAGAGUAAAAGGAAGAUUCCUUAUCAGAUAA